AAAAUGUUGCAUAAUUCUCGGCUAUAUAAAGUGGGUUACCAGCAUUGUCUGAAGCAGAAAAUCCCACUCCAGGUACAGGCGUGAACGUCUUCAGCUGCAGACAUUCGGACUCAGAGACUCCUCACCUUUUCCAGACGCGGCACUACCGACACUUCAUCAUGAUGACCCCCAUCCUAGCACUCCUGGCUUUCACAGCCAUCGCUGAUGCACAGUUUAUCACCUGGUUUGGAGACUCCUGUCCCAGAGUCCCAACCAAGGAGAACUUCGACAUAGUCCCGUACAUGGGGCGGUGGUAUGAACUCUCCAAAUACCCCAACAGCUUCCAGAACGGGGAAUGCGGCACGGCUAUCUACAGGCUGGAGGCGGACAAUACUGUUACUGUCAACAACACACAGAUAAAGGACGAUGGGAGUAGCGAUACCGUCAUUGGUCAAGCCCGUGACGAUCCCGACUCCGACAUUCCCGGGCGUCUGCAAGUCAGGUUCUCUUCAUUCCAACCGUGGGGAAGUUACUGGGUGGUGGACACAGACUACGACAACUACAGCAUCGUGUACUCCUGCAACUAUUUCCUCGUCAACAGAGUGGAGUUCCUCUGGAUCCUCGCACGUGACCGUGCGCUGCCCGCUGGCACUUUGAGCAGCAUUCUCCAAAAGAUAGAAAGUUACGGUAUCGACUCGACCAAGUUGGUCGAUACAGUACAAGAUCCAGCGAUAUGUGUUAAGUAAUUAAUCCAACCAUUACAUCUUAUAUGCUGGUAUUGUAAGCAGCAGUCUCUAAAAGUUAGAAAGUUACAGUAUCGACACGACCAAGUUGGUCCAUGCAGUACAAGAUGUAGCGAUUUGCGUAAAGUAAUUAAAUCAACCAUUACAUCUUUAAAUAUAUAAUGGUAUUGUAAGUAGCAUUCUAAGAAAGUUACAGUAUCGACACGACCAAGUUGGUCGAUACAGUACAGGUACUACAUCAUCUUGCGAUAUGUGAUAAGUAAUUAAAUCAACCAUUACAUCUAGUAUACUGGUAUUGUAAAAUUGCAGAAUGAUUGUAAGACUUAACAAAAAGUCGAUAUUUCUAUGAUGUUUUCUUAAAUUGAGCUACACUGGAAGACAAAUAAAGCGUAUCUCAACUAAAAUAUUUGCCUCUUUGUUCUUGACUGUAAAAAAUGUUGUAAAAGUUACUCGACUAAGUUUUAAGUUAAC